UCUGAGGAUACAUAAAAACCGGAUGCAUUUAUUUAAAUUGUUCUGAUAUGAGAAAGAUCAGCUUCAUUUUGAUAUUAGCGUAGCGUUUAGAAAUAUUUUUUGUAUAUAAAUUGAAUUUAUGAUAAGAAUAGUUAUCAGUUUUCUCAGACUCCCCGAGUAACAAACAAUCAAUAUCAACAUGUUCAAAUUCGCCGUUCUUGUUGCCAUCUUUGGCUUGGCUGCUGCUGUCUCAGAUGAUUUCGCCGCUGAAACUAAGGCUUAUGAGAAUGUGAUCUCACCUGCCGGUGAAGCUUUCCACUACGCUUACCAAACCUCAAACGGAAUCGAAGUUAACUCUGCUGGUGAUGCCAAUGUUAUCUCUGGAUCAUACAAAUACAUCUCACCCGAAGGUGAAACCGAAACUUUGACCUGGACCGCUGAUGAUCAAGGUUUCCACCCAUCCGGAGCUCUCUUGCCAACUCCACCACCAAUUCCAGCUUACAUCAUCCGCGCCGUCGAAUACAACUUGGCUCACCCACAAGCUCAAGAACCUUCUUUGGGCCGUAAAUUGUAAGGUGUGAAUUAAGCAACUGUGCUAGUGAU